UUCAGAUAAUUGCAAAAUUGAAGUUAAGAAACAAUGGCGACAAUUCAAGAUUCCAAACUUGACCUCUUAUUAACUCCAAGAGUACCACAAGGAUUAGCAGCAGCCGUUGAAAGUUUAACGAGAGAGGUGAUUCGGCAUCAACCUGAAAAUAUUUAUGUUUUUGCGGCUAAUCAUUUUGAGAAACUUUUGCGUCUUCGCGAGCAAUAUGGCAACGAUACCGUAAAGAAAAAGAACAUGAAAUUUCUACUUGACCUGAAUGAUACAAUAAAGAAACGGCAGGUCAAGUUAGAAUCGAAGGAGAGAAAUAAUUCGGAUCGCUGUUAUAGAUGGUCAUUAAAUGAAACGGCAAAUGUGUUGGAGAAACAUCGAAGUAUUUUUGGGGAAGAAGGUAAAAAAAUCAGCACCACUGAAAUUCGAGCAUUAGCUAGCGCGUCGAUCUCAAUGCCAUCAAAAAUUCAGUAUAAUACAGUUAAAAAAAAAUACGAAACACACCAGACGGAAAAGAAAAAUAGUCAUGAUAAAUAUGCAACUACCGUAUCAAGUAAAAAAAAAAAGUCAUUGCAUCACCACUCUCCAGAUUUGUCAAAUACUUCAACAAGUGAUUCCCGAAGUGUGCCUAAAAUAAUUCCGCAAAUCCCAUUAGUAAAGGAUAUAAAAACGGAAUUAAAAAAAAAUCGAAUUAGUAGUAGAGAGAGGAAGAGAACAGUCGAGGAGAAAAGGAUGCAAGUUUCUUGUGACUAUAUUAAGGAAACGUUGAUUGAAAAGACAUUUAGAAAAUCCAUAGAGAAAACGAAAAAAAAUUUUGAAAGCCAAAGUGAACAAAAAAAAAAUCUUUACUCAGGAAGCAGUAUAAAAAGAAAGCCCGAUAUAACACAUAAAGUAGAUUCGCAAAAAAUAAAAAAGUCUUCGAGAACACCUAAAAUGGACGGUGUUAGGAACUAUGUUGUGCAGAAUUUAAUUGGGAUGGCGAGUUUAGAUGAGCUACAAACGGCAAGUUACGUUGAAAAAGUUCAAGAAGUAAUAGAUGAAACAUCAAUGAUUAUAAAAGAAAAGGUUGAAGCGCUAAAGACAAGCGUUAUAGAGGCUGCAAAAGCGAAACAAUUAAACAGUGAAAAUCCUUUGAAUAACGACGAUUAUUUUAAUAUUUUAAGAAAAUCUGCAGACAAUGAUAAUAAAAGUAGCGAUAAAAAUUUAUUUGAGAAUUCGUCUUAUCAGAAUACAUUUAAAAAUAGUAGCUUUACAAAUAUCAUUCAAGAUAAUUCUGAUAAUUCAGAAUCUAUCGAUAAUGUUUCAUUGCCAGCUGUAAGGCCUCCUUCCUCUAAGUCAACUUCACGAAGUUUAUCAUCGCGCAGUGACUCUGACGAUUUAAUUUUGCCACCAAUUUCACCGGAAUCUAACAAAUCAACAAAAGUCGUAGAAAAAUUGGUUCUUCCAAUACUGUCACCCCCGCGCAGUACUUCUAUAACUCCCGAUUCAAUUAAUUGUAAUGAGAACAUUGUGACAAACAAGACGACAAAUAACGAUGAAGUCUUUCAUGAUAGUUUAAAUGUAACACCAGAUUUGAUCGAUGAAACACAGAAGUCCGACUAUCUUGAAACAUUGGAAUUUGCGGAUAAAAAUGAUAAUAGCGAACGUCCGCUUGAAAAUCUGAAAAAUAAAUUGUUAGAAAUUGAAAAAGUACAACGACGCAUUGAAAAUGUACUCGACGAUACAGUAAACAUAUCUGAUAAAAAUAUCGAUGAGGUGAAAGAAAGUCAUGAAAUUAAAGAUAUAUUGAAAAUUGAAGAUAAACUGUUAGAAAUUGAAGAAUCUGAAAAGCGAAUUGAAAAAAUUUUAGAUUGUCAAACCGCGUCUGUUAAUCAAUCGGAAAUUAUCAAUAAUACAAACAUAAAAAGUAAACUGCAAGAAUUGGAAGAUACUGAAAGAAGAAUUGAAAACAUUUUUAUCGAUAAGAGAUCUAUAGAUGAAUUUGAAAUGAUAGACAAUGAUAAUGAACAAAAAAAUAUUACCGAAUAUAGUGAGAAACAUGAGAUUAGCAAUGAAAAUAAUAAUAAUACUCCAAUCUUAAAUAUCGACGAUAAUGAUUUGACAAAAAAUAAUGCAAUGCUUUCGGAAGAAAAUUGGAACUUGUCACCGAAUUCUUUUAUACUAAGUGAAGGUUCUCCUUAUGAAAUUCCAGAUUUUGUUACCACUGUGAUAAUACCAGAGAGAGAUCUUAGUCCAGAUUCUGAUACAUUACAAAUAGAAGUAGAAAAUGGAAAAAUUUAUUCAACUCUAGUAUCAUCGAAGGAAAAAAACGAUAGCCAAAUAGAAAAUUGCUCAAACGAAUUGCAAGAUAAACAAAAAAUUAGUAUCAAUGAUGCUUUUGGCGAAGUUGUAAAUACCGUUAAUACAGAUAUGUCUAUGAUCGAUGUAAACUUCAUUCGCGGCAUUAAAUACGAUAUAAUAGCACCUCGUCAGAGCUUAGACUUGAUACAUGAAGAGCGCGAUAAAGAAACCGAAGAUGCAGAUUGCAUUAAUUCAGAGGAUGAGGAAGUAUUGAAAGUGGUGACAAGUUCAUUGGACGAAAUUUUAAAAAAAAAUAAAGUUGAAUACGUAUCGAAAGAAGAAAUAGAAUUAACUAUGUGUAAUACUUUAACGGAAGAGGCAAGUGAUUUAUCGAAAGCAAUGCAAGUCAAAGAGUACGAAACUAACGAAACGAGAGAAAUUAGUGCAGAAAUUAAUGAUUGCCUAGAGAAUACUGAAAGUCUGAAAAAUUCAUUGGACAUUGAAGAAUCUAGUAAAAUAUCGAUCGAGUCCUCAAAUGAAAUAAAAGAUACGUCUGUUACCACCGAUCGAUCUAGUUUGCCUUUUGAUCCUGCUAGGCCUCUUGUACCAGAAUUAAAUUUAGACUCGUUACUUGAUUUAACAAUUUCGUCGUUCAAUUUAACCGACGAUGAGCAAAAAGAAGAAAAUAAAAAUGAAAGCCAAAAUUUUAAUUCUUUGAAGAUACAUACGAGCCCUACGGAAGAUACGAAUAAAAAAGGAAAUUUCGGAAAUUUUGAUAGAGAGGCACUUCAAGAAAAAUCGUCGAUAGAAGGCAAAAUCAAAGACGUAGAUAAGAUUCAAAAUAGUCCUUUGAAUAUUAUUGAAACAUUAAAGGAAGAUUAUUCGCUUAAUUCGGAAACGGUGUCGAGCGAAUGCAUACAAAUAUUAAACGUUGAAAAUUCGGAGCAUCUGCAAGAUGAUCACUAUGAGAAAUUGCAAGAAAGUCUAAAUUACAAUGAGUCCGAAGCAAUAGAAGAUGAUCAAAUAUUUAAUGAAACAUAUGUAAUUGAGAAUGAGCAUACUCUAAAUGAUUCGAACGAUCAAACGGAAUUAGAUGUUAGCAUAUCAGCAGACGAUUCGAUCAAUCGUGGUUCUGAAACAGUUAAUACUUACGAAAUAGAAGAAACUACAUUAGGCACAAUAGACGAUACAUGUAGUGAAAUUCAACAAAAUAAAGAAUUAAUUGUGUCCACGUGCGAGUGUCGAACAAAUGUAUUAGACGAUCAAUUGGACGAUGCCGAACGAUCACUAACGGAACUGACAACUCAUCUUAUCGAGCAAGAUUGUCAGUGCGAAAUCGAUAAUGAUCAGCACAACCAGUUUAUUGAUUCAUCAAACAUUUCAAAUCAGUCUGUAAACCAGCUGGAUUCUGAUAUCUUAACAAUGACAGGCACUAACAAUAUUCUCAGUCAAGAUUUAAAUACGUUACAAGAACAAAAAGCUACUACCAAUAACGCGCACAAUAAUGAUUUUAAAGUAACCGAAGAAAAGAUUGUUAUUUCGGAAGAAAGAGUAGAGAAUAUUCAGGAUACGAUCGAUGAUAAAGAACACCGUCAGAUUUAUGGAUCGGAAGUGAGUACAAGCAAGGAUGGUUCGUCUGUCGCGUCAAGCACAUUACUGUCCGCGGUAACAAAAAUUCAAGCCGGUAUCCGUGGAUAUUUGACGCGAUGUCGUCUUGAGCGUUCUUUAAAACGUUGUAGCUCAACUUUGGAUAGUAUUCCGUCGAUCGAGGAUAGUUUUCCGGUAAGUAAAGGAAUUCUCCUAAAUAUGAAAAGCAUCUCAUCUUCGUCACAUACAAUGCCCAUUGUGGAUGAUGUAUCAUCAAUUUUACAGUCGAAAGAACGGAAAAAACUUCGUCGAGAAACGGCUGUCCAGAAAACGGCGUAUUCAUUAGAAACUGCUUUUGCCAAUAAUCAGCUGCAACAUACCGGAGAGUUUCAUGAUUGCUUGCCACUUCCAAUUUUCGAUACCCGAACUUUCUUCUUCACAACCAUUGAAGAGCAGAAUUAUCAAGAAAUAGGUAAUACAUCCUUGAGUACGGACAAAUCCAAAAAGAAAAGUCUCGAUUCUAUUGUCAAUGAAUCAAAGGAAUGCAAUAAUAAGGAGAAUAAGGAAAGUAUAAUUUUACAUAGAGAAGCUUUAAACAGCACGGAUAGUGGAAACGUCGAGCAGGUAUUGGGAAAAGUCUUCACAGCUUCAGCAACACAUUUAUCAGCACAGUCGAAUCUCGGACAAUUCGGUGACGUUGCACUAUUGCCUGCUGACAGCGAAACAAUAUUACAAAACCGAUAUUUGAAUUUUAUAACUAGCGUGGAAGACGUUGUAAGUAAUUUAUUCAAUGAUCCGUUAAUGAUUUCGAAUUCGUCACAAAGUGUCAUAAUCGACGAAAUUACAAGAUUCGACGAGGCUAAAAGUAAAAUUUGCGAAUCCGUAGUGGAUGAAGCGAAGGAUAAGACAACGAUAAAUGAUGCAGCCAAGGAGAAAAAAGCAAUCGAUGAAUAUUUUAACGCACAACUUCAAUCUCGAAACAUCGAUGAAAAGUCAAACAAAUGUACUUCCAAUAUUAUUGAAAUAACUGCCAGUCCAAGUUCUGACGUCGAAACCAAGUCAUACGCAGAAAAUUCAGGAUUUUUUUCAGACGUACCAGCCGACGUUGGAGGUGCGAACGCCAAAUCAUUUCGAAAGAAUGAGCCGAUCGGGGAAAUAUCGGAUAAAGUGAUAAGUUUUUAUGAAACAACAAGAAAUGAAGAUCUCGAAUCAAAGGAAAGAUUAUCGUUGGAGAUAGCUUUGACAUCGAGCACCGAUGAGCUUAUAUCGAUAAAUAUCGAGGAAGCUCUGGGUCUGUGCGAUAAGAACAAUGGCACACGUAAGACGACUGAGCAGAGUAGAAAGUCGUUUACAUCGAAUUUAUCGAGAUCUGCUAGUGAUUCGCGGGGCAGUAACUUGGAAGGGAACGAGAAGCCAUCACCGGCGACGAUAAUGAAAACGACGGGCGAAAGUGUGGUGGAGAAGAGAGUGGAAAAAUCCGAGCUGUCGGACGAUGAGAAAAAUGAAAGUGUCGUUGGCGAUGGAACGAACAAGAAGUCGUCGAUAGAAAGAGACUCAUCAUUGACUGACGGAGAAAAUAGCAGUGCACAAGGAAUAAAGGGAGAGUCCCAGUAG